AUGUCGUUGCCCAAUCUUCGCACUAUUCUUCCCAACAGUUCGGAUCCUACCUUUAGGGAUAGCUCCACAAGCACUUCGAAUUGUCAGAAGGCCACACCAGACACGACGAGCUCCAACCAAUCUGUAUCCUCUGUGCCCACUGACAAGAGAACGGAAAAGUCGGUUCAUGUCGCGACUCAUGUCGCAACUCAUGUCGCAGCUCAUGUCGCGAAGAAGAGGAGAUUGCCGGCAUCGAUAACUACAAACGCGUGUGGCAAUUGUAAGAAGGCUCGAUCAAAGUGUGAUGGCAAACAACCUUGUGGUCGUUGUACCGUGAGACAGUUCCACCACGAAGAUUGUUUAUACGAACCACAUACCAAGAAUGCGAAGAAGACCUUGGUGAAAGACCUUAAAGAGAGCCAUGCUAUCAAACAUAUGGCCGAAAAAAUCUUCGAAGGUCUCGCGAACGACACUGACAACGAGCAUGAAAUUCUUGAGCGUAUUAAGAAUAAAGAAUCGAUCACAAGCAUUGCACACUGGAUAGAUUCCAUGGACAGCAAUUGCGAAUCCCAGCCAUCUAUAUCUGGAGGUUCUGAAAAUGAAGUCGACGGUGAUCUGCCUAAGCCUUUUCCUUGGACAACAGUGACAUCUGAGCACAAGGUCAUCGACCAUUUGAUCGCCUUGUAUUUCACAUGGGUUCACCCCUUCCACCCUUUAUUCAAUGAAGGACAUUUUGUGAAAAGUAUGCGAAGCGGAUCCGACGCAUUCUGCUCAUACAGUCUUUUUAAUGCUAUCUGUGCCAUGGCAUGCUAUCUGCACACUGGUAUCGAGAACGAGGAUGUGGAUUACAAGCAGAUGGGCUUCCAGUUCUGUGAUUUGGUCAGGAGCAGUAUCGAUCCUGAAGAUAAGAGUCUAACGAAUAUUCAAGCCUUUGCGGUCAUGUUCUUGGUACGCUGUGCACAAGGACAAGGAUUAAGCGGCUCGGUAUAUCUGACUGUCGCGAGCAGGUCUAUGGGGAGCCUCAGGCCCAGAAACAAUGACGACGUUGAUUAUCGCCAAAUUUGGAGGGAGACAGUGAGAGGCGUUAACAGCUUGAAUGUCGAGUGGGCCCAGAUGACCUUUAAGAUGGCACCAGCUCUCAUCUCAGAGCUGCAGCCAAUCCAAUUUGCCGAGGAAAUCAACAGAUGGGAGGAUGAAGUUGACAAGCUCAGGUGGAAGGUAUAUCGUGUUCCCGUGGACUUCGAAGGCGAACCGACACUGGCCUGCCUCACGGCUACAACCAAUCGUGAAAAGUCGAAGCUCAUUGUAAUCAUUCACGACGCUACGAUCCUCCUGUACAACACCAGUGAUUCUUGGAUAUACGCUGAAGAUAUGUUGGCUAUGUAUCGCAGAUUAUUGGCAUGGCAUGAAAACCUUCCGAAGAAGAUUGCUAGGACAGGUAGAAAAGACGCUCAAAUGUUGCCACAUGUGCUCUCACUGCAUAUAUUGUAUGCCACAACGGCAGUCCACCUUCUCCGUCCACUGCUGGGUUUGGGAGAAUCCCUUGUGGACCCACUGGUUUGGCAGCAUGCACAAGAGGGGCUCAACCUUAUCGACGAUCGAUAUCGCUUUCAAUAUGGAUGUUUUAACCAGCCUGUCUUUCAGAUAUUCGCUAUCCUGCAUCUGACAGAGGUUCUGAUCCGAUGCUUUCCAGAUAUUAAUAAGGAAUUUGGAAAAGAUGGUGUGGCAUCCGUAAGAUUAGCCACUGAUGUCUUGACAGAGUCUCAAAGUAGCUUCCCUGUAGCUGGAGUCUUUAUGACGAUGCUUCAAGAAACUACCAGGAAAUAUUUGGUUCCAUUGCCAGACGAAUUGGAAGACCUCUUCCGUCGCCGACGUCGCAAGUCGAAGUAUCUUUUGGACGAUGCCAUCAACGCAUGUGCCAGUCCCACUUAUGUCCAACCAACCGAAGCAAUCCAAAGCAGGUUUUCCCCGGAUCUACCGUCUCAAUGGAUGAUACAUGCCGCCACUGGGCUUCCUAGGAUCCCUCACGGGACAUCAAUGUUACUCCAGCCUUCACAGCACUCACAGUCCUCACAGUCCUCACAGCCUUCACAGGAGGAAACAGGCGCACAGAAUCUCAUGCGAAUCCUAAAUUUGCACAACCCAAGGUGA